AUGGGGAGCUGUACGGCGAGCCUGUUCCUUCUACUGGGGUGCUUCACCACUGUGUUCUGUAUCACACGGGAAUACUUCAUCGGGAUUCAGGAGAUCCAGUGGGAUUAUGCUCCCUCUGGGAAAAACAUCAUCCUCAACAAAACACUGAAGGAAGAUGAGUGAGUAAUUAAGUACAACUGUAAUGAAGAAGUACAACUGUAAUGAAGAAGUAAUAAUUAUAUAUAUAUAUAUAUAUAUAUAUAUAUAUAUAUAUAUAUAUAUAUAUAUAUAUACGCACAUACACACUGUAUAUGUAGAAGUGUUGGGAAGUUAUGAUAGGAGUGUUUAAGAAUUGAGUUGAACACAGCAUUGCCUGUGUGAUACACUUGUUACAGUGAAAUCUACAUUGUACAAUGCCUUCAGUAAGUAUUCACACCGCUUGACUUUUUUCCGCAUUUUGUUUUGUGACAAAGUGGGAUUAAAAUGGAUUGAAUUGUAAUUUUUUUUGUCAUCAAUCUACACAAAAUACUGUCAAAAGUGGAAGAACAUUUACAUUAUUGUUUGUUAUUUAUUUAUUUUGAAAAAACGCUAAUAUAUCUUGAUUAGAUUAAGUAUUCAACCCCCUGAGUCAAUACAUGUUAGAAACACCUUUGACAGCGAGUACAGCUGUGAGUAUUUUUUUUUUUGGGUACAUUUCUAAGAGCUUUGCACACAUGGAUUGUAUGGCAGGUAACCUAGCGGUUAAGAGCGUUGGGCCAGGAACCGAAAGGUCGCUGGUUUGAAUCCCCGAGCCGGCAAGGUGGAAAGAUCUGUUGUUCUGUUCUUGAGCAAGGCAGUUUACCCCCCAACAACUGCUCUCCGGACGCAGAUGAUGUCUGAUUCAGUUGGGUUGAAUACAGAAAACACAUUUUGGUUUAAUGCAUUCAGUUGUGCAACUUUCCCUAUAAUACUUGUACAUUAUUUCAUUUUUUUAUUCUUCAAGCUCUGUCAAGUUGGUUGUUGAUCAUUCCUAGACAGCCAUUUUCGAAGUCUUGCCAUGGAUUUUCAAGCCGAUUUAAGUCAAAACUGUAACUAGGCCACUCAGGAACAUUCAAUGUCAUCUUGGUAAGCAACUCCAGUGUAUAUUUGGCCUUGUGAUUUUGGUUAUUGUCCUGCUGAAAGGCGAAUUCGUCUCCCAGUGUCUGUUGGAAAGUAGACUGAACCAGGUUUUCCAAUAGGAUUUUUCCUGUGCUUAGCUGUAUUCCAUUUAUUUUUAUCAUAAAAACUCCCUAGUCCUUGCCGAUGACAAGCACACCCAUGCUUGAAAAUAUGAAGAGUGGUACUCAGUGAUGUGCUAUGUUGGAUUUGCCCCAAACAUGGACAAAAAGUUAAUUUCCUUGCCACAUUUGUUGCAGUAUUACUUAAGUGCCUUGUUGCAAACAGGAUAAAUGUUUUGGAAUAAAAUAAAAUCUGAACAGGCUUCCUUCUUUUCACUGUCAUUUUGUUAGUAUUGUGGAGUAACUACAAUGUUGUUGAUCCAUCCUCUGUUAUCUCCUAUCACAACCAUUAAACUCUGUAACUGUUUUAAAAUCACCAUUGGCCUCAUGGUGAAAUCCCUGAGCGGUUUCCUUCCUCUCCGGCAACUGAGUUAGGAAGGACGCCUGCAUCUUUGUAGUGACUGAUUGUAUUGAUACACCAUCCAAAGUGUAAUUAAUAACUUCACCAUGCUCAAAGGGAUAAUCAAUGUCUGCUUUUUUGUUUUGUUUUUACCCAUCUACCAAUAGGUGCCCUUCUUUGCAAGCCAUUGGAAAACCUCCCUGGUCUUUGUGGUUGAAUCUGUGCUUGAAAUUCAUUACUUGAUUGAGGGACCUUACAUAUAAUUGUAUGUGUGCGGUACAGAGAUGGGGUAGUCAUUGAAAAAUCAUGUUAAUAUCAGUAAGAGUCUAUUGCCGUACCCGUGCGUCAACGUAACAUAAUAAAAAAAUCCCCAUCAAAAUCUGUUGGUUUAAGCUAAAUAUAUGUUUUUUUUGCAUGGGCUGCAUCUCAAUCCACCGCAUCCACCUAUGUUGGCCUUCCGUAUAUCUAGAUAUACUGUAGAUAGGACCUUUAUUUUUUUACUGUCUUUUUUGCCAUUUAUGAAUGUGUUGUUCAAUGCGUUUCUAUGGACUAUAGUAGUAAAGGCCAAAUUCAAUAUUUUAUCAAAUCAUUUUUGUAUAUAUUUCUUUACUAUUCCAUAUGUUAGCUUAGUAGUACCCCGCUCCCAACAGCUUAGACUUUGAGGUUAACCACAAUUAUUGAACACAGAAUGAGCCCAGGCAAUUUAUUAUGUGAUUUGUUAAGCACAUUUUUACUCCUGAACUUAUUUAGACUUGUCAUAACAAAGGGGUUGAAUAAUUAUUGACACAAGACAUUUCAGCUUUUCAUUUUGAUUUAAUUGUCAUAUUUUGGAACAAAGCCAGACCAAAAAUGUUACCUCACUUUUUUCACUCGCAUACUGUGUAGACUUUUUUUUUUUUUUGGAUGAAUCCAUUGAAUAGUGUGGGCAAUAGUCCAUGUGUGUGUGUGUGUGUGUGUGUGUGUGUGUGUGUGUGUGUGUAUACAUGUUAAUUAUCUUCUCCUAACCUCCUCCACUCCACUACAGACAGGCAGCUACGUUCCUGGAGCGCGGGCCCCAGCGGAUCGGCAGUGUGUACAAGAAGGCAGUUUACCUGCAGUACACCGACGCCACCUACACGAAGGAGAUAACCAAGCCCAAGUGGCUGGGCUUCCUGGGCCCUGUGAUAUCGGCUGAGGAAGGGGACGUGAUCUGGGUCCAUCUGAAGAACAUGGCCACUAGGCCCUACUCCAUCCACUCCCAUGGAGUCAUGUACAACAAGUCCAAUGAGGGUGAGUGGAUGUGGAUGGAUGUCUAGAAUAGAGGAUAGAAUAUCCUACAGUUAUCAACGCAACCUCCAAGACACAUUUACAUUUGCCAUAACUGCAGGCAACAGAGAUUAUGGAUUGUGUUGCCCUUUUUAAUUAUGGAGUGUGUUGGGACACCCUCUAAUGUGAAUCCUAUGAAUGUAGUGAGUGAAUGGGGUGGGACACCCUGUAAUGUGAAUCCUAUGAAUGUAGUGAGUGAAUGGGGUGGGACACCCUCUAAUGUGAAUCCUAUGCUCUUUGCCAGCCAGGUGGUUCUGGUGAAAGAGGUCAUCUAAAUCAGUUACCAGAUGCUGUGGUUAAAACCUAAAACUAUUCACAUUUUUUUGGUGCCCACAAAAUUAACCAAAACCAUGUCCCUAAAAUAAGGCAGCACAACCCAGUCUUGAUCCAAGAGGGAAACUCCCUACUGGGGACUGGGGAUCAACCCAGUCUUGAUCCAAGAGGGAAACUCCCUACUGGGGACUGGGGUUCAAACCAGUCUUGAUCCAAGAGGGAAACUCCCUACUGGGGACUGGGGUUCAACCCAGUCUUGAGCCAUGAUCCAAGAGGGAAACUCCCUACUGGGUACUGUGGUUCAACCCAGUCUUGAUCCAAGAGAGAAACUCCCUACUGGGGACUGGGGUUCAACCCAGUCUUGAUCCAAGAGGGAAACUCCCUACUGGGGACUGGGGUUCAACCCAGUCUUGAGCCAUGAUCCAAGAAGGAAUGGCCACACAACGACCCGGCCACCGUUUGAAAGUCAGUCACUGUCCAGAGUCAAGGUUGAGUGGUAAUACUCCCGGGAACAAGUCACAUGUAAAAAUAAAGAACUCCCCACUGCGAACCGGGGUUCAAUCCCUGCAUCCACCUUUCCCACUCUUUCUCCCACCUGCCUGUAUCCCCAAUAUUUACAUACAAUCUCAAUAAAGUGUCAAAAUCCCCCCCCCCCACACACACACAAAAGAAUGGAGAAAAAUUGAAGUCAGUCACUGAUCCAGAUGUCUCCCAUAUUGCCAAAGGUGCUCUGUACCCGGACCAGACGACGGACGCGGAGAAACAUGACGACCGGGUGGAUCCUGGGAAAAGCUACACCUACGUGUGGGUCCUGAGCGACACCCACGCCCCCACCAAGGACGACACCAACUGCCUGACGCGCGCCUAUCACUCCCACCUCCAUGCACCCAAAGACAUCGCCUCAGGACUUGUAGGACCCCUCAUCAUCUGUAAAAAAGGUACAGGCUUCUUAUCGGGCACCUAAACCACUGGUUAUGUACAGUAAGUCAUCAGGUUUUGAACAACAGCAUGUAAUGAACUGUUUGAGUUUUAUGAAUAGUGUUAUUAGCCCACUGUGGCGAUUAAGGGGGAACUGCUAGAUGACACCAGUGAUCCUGUGAUUACAGAAGAGAGUACACACCAUCUCCUGUGUCAUAAAGUAUGUUUUCAUGUACAUGGAUGUUUAUUUCUGAGAUGCGCAGGUACCCUGGAUGUCUACGGUGAUAAGGCAGCAGACUACUCGUACGUUCUGAUGUUCACUGUGUCGGACGAGAACAUGAGCUGGUACCUGGACGACAACAUCAAGACCUACUGCACUCAGCCCAAAACAGCAGCCAACAGCCCACAACAGCCAUCAGCAGCAGCCAACAGCCCACAACAGCCAUCAGCAGCAGCCAACAGCCCACAACAGCCAUCAGCAGCAGCCAACAGCCCACAACAGCCAUCAGCGGCAGCCAACAGCCCACAACAGCCAUCAGCAGCAGCCAACAGCCCACAACAGCCAUCAGCAGCAGCCAACAGCCCACAACAACCCACCACUACAGUAGACAAAGACGAUGAAGCCUUCCAGGAGAGCAACCUGAUGCACUGUGAGAUUAUUAACACAAAUAACACCAAUACACACACAGCCUGUGAGCCCACAGGCCACUAACACACUAUGUCCACUGUUUUGCAGCGAUCAAUGGCUUUGUGUACGGCAACCUGCCUGACCUGAGCAUGUGUGUCGGAAACAAGAUCCACUGGCACCUGAUCGGCAUGGGCAAUGAGGUGGACAUCCAUUCGGUGUUCUUUCAUGGCCAGAUCCUGACCCACCUUGGCCACCACACGGACGUGGUCAGCUUGUUCCCAGCCACCUUCACCAAUGUGGAGAUGACCGCUGACAACCCUGGCCAAUGGCUGCUGAGCUGCCAGGUCAACGACCACCUAAUGGGUAUGGAUGUGCGGAUGUGUUUCACAAGCCAGGGACCGUAUCCAAAAAGCAUUUCAGAGUAGAAGUGCUGAUCCGUUGUAGGACCAGGUGUUCCCUUGCCAUAUAAUAUCAGUAAUAAUGAUCUAAAAGGCUAAACGAAUAAUUAGCACUCUUACUCUCAGACUCUUAGGUCCCAGAUAGACAGCCAAUCAGAGGGUAAGGCCCAGAUACAGCCAAUCAGAGGGUAGUACAACAUUUCACCAACAAGUUACAAGCCCUGUCACAUAGUGAACAUUUUUGUCAGAGAAAGUCUAAUUAAUGUAACAUCCCACUGGGCACAAACUGGUUGAAUCAACGCUGUUUCCACAUCAUUUCUACAAAAAAUACAAUGUGAUGACGUUGAAUCAACGAGGAAAACUGAUUGGAUUUGCAAAAAGUCCCUCAACGUAAAGGAAUUUCGGGAAUGAUUAUCCUUUUUUUCACCCAACUUUUAACCUAAGUCCAAUGACAUGGUUAAAUUGGUUGUUGAUUUCAUGUUGAAUUCACGUUAGUUGACAACUCAAAUCAAAUGUAAAUGAAAACUAGAUGUUAAACUGACGUCUGUGUCCAAUGGGAUAAAGUGAUUGUCUUCCCCUGAUUUCAUCACCUCAGCGGGCAUGCAGGCCCUCUUUGAGGUAAAGAAGUGUUUCCCCGCCGUCCACAAGCCACGGCCCAACGGGGAGGUGAGGGAGUACUUCAUCGCUGCUGAGGAGGUGCUGUGGGACUACGCCCCCUCACAGGUCAACCACGGCACAGGGAAACCUCUGAACACAGACGGGUCAGUAACAUCACUGUCUACUGCGGUUUGGGCACGCUUGUUUUUUAGUUGAAAAUGGAUUUUUUUUAGUGUGUGUAACUAUUGCCCAGUACCAAUUUAAGCCUGGUCCCAAAAAUAUUAAAAUGGGACUGGGGGGUUGUUUUCUGAUCUGAUUGUUACCAUGUUCUUUGUCCCGCUGAAUGUUCUCAGGGAUUCAGAGACGUUCUUCCAGAGUGGUAACGAUCGUAUUGGGGGGAAAUAUAAGAAGGCCCAGUACAAGGAGUACACAGACAACACCUUCACCGUGCAAAAGGAGAGAACACCUGAGGAGUUGCACCUAGGGAUUCUGGGUAAUGUACAGUCGCUAGUUAAAGUCUACGCACACCUUGCACAGCCUUCACAUUUUGCUGCCUUAAAAUUAAAUCUAAAAACGGAUGACAUUAGAUUUUUUUCCAAUCGAUCUACACAACCUACUCCACAUUUUCAAAGUGAAAGAAGAAUUAUAGAAAACUGUCCAAAUUAGUAAAAAAUACAAAAUAGGAUGUAUUGAUUGAUCAUUCAAAUCAACGGGGCUGUAGUGGAGCUGGUCGAGAGCUUCAAAUUCCUCGGUUUCCACAUCACUAAGGACCUAUCAUGGUCCACACACACCAACACAGUCUUGAAGAGGGCACGACAACACCUAUUUCCCCUCAGGAGGCUGAAAAGAUUGAGAAUGGGCCCUCAGAUCCUCAAAAUGUUAUACAGCUGCACCAUUGAGAGCAUCUUGACUGGCUGCAUCACCGCUUGGUAUGGUAACUGCUUGGCAUCCAACCGCAAGGCGCUACAGAGGGUAGUGCGUACAGCCCAGUACAUCACUGGGGUCCAAGCUCCCUGCCAUCAAGGACCUCAAUACCAGGCGGUGUCAGAGGAAGGCCCUUAAAAAUUGUAAAAUACUCCAGCCACCCAAGUCAUAGACUGUUCUCUCUGCAACCGCCAUGGCAAGCGGUACCGAUGCAGGACCAACAGGACCCUGAACAGCUUCUACCCCCAAGCCAUAAACCUGCUAAAUAGUUAACCAAAUAAUCUGCAUUGACCCUUUUUAUUAUUACUUUUAUUAUUAAAAAUUUUACAUUUAGCAGACGCUCUUAUCCAGAGUGCAUACAUUAUUAUUUUUUAAUACUGGCCCCCCAUGGGAAUCGAACCCACAACCCUGGCGUUGCAAACACCAUGCUCUACAUCCCUGCCGGCCAUUCCCUCCCAUACCCUGGACCAAUUGUGCGCCACCCCAUGGGUCUCCCGGUCGGCUACAACAGAGCCUGGAUUCGAACCAGGAUCUCUAGUGGCACAGCUAGCACUAGCGCCUUAGACCACUGCGCCACUCGGGAGACACAGAUUACGUGUUUUACUUUUCUAUUAUUUCUCUAUUUUCUUUCUCUCUGCAUUGUUGUGAAGGGCUCAUAAGGAAGCAUUUCACUGUUAGUCUACACCUGUUGUUUACAAAGCAUGUGACAAAUAAAAUGUGAUGUCUUCACACCCCUGAGUUAAUACUUGGUGGAAGCACCUUUGGCAGCCAUUACAGCUGUAAAUCAUUUUGAAUACGAUUCUACCAACUCUUAGGGCAACAUAUAUUCAUUGAUUUUGUCAAAAUCAGAAGACUGAGGCGAGUUUUCCUCUAACUUUUUACUUGGGCUUUGCUCCUUUCAUAUUUAUUUUGAUCCUGACAAACUCCUAUGCUGGUGAUAAGCAUAUCCAUAACAUGAUGAUGCCACAAGACGGAAGCCUAUAUUAUCAAAUCCAUCCCAAAUCAUCCAUUCUGUUUGUAUCAAGGCCGUUAACUAAUAUUGCAAGACAACAUGGCAAAGACAUUAACUACAGGUUUGGGUCAAAUCCAAUCCAAUACAACACAGAGUAACCCCUCUGUAUUCUCAAGUAUUGUGGUGGCAGCAUCAUGUUAUGGGUAUGCUUGUCGCCAGCAGGGACUGGGGAGUUUGUCAGGAUCUAAAUAAAUAUGAAAGGAGCAAAGCCCAGGGACUAUUACACAAAUGUUUAAGUGAAAGAUACACCAGAAUGGCUUCCAAAAGGUGUUCAGUGCAACGCUUAAGUUGUAAAUCAGCUAUAGCGGCGCGUGGGUAAAAUCACUGAGGAAGCCAAGCCAGUAAAAAAAGCCAUAUUAAACCUAUGUUGUGAUGUUUGCGUUGUUUGUUCUGUAACCCAUUAGUUUAUACGACCACCGUGAUGUACAAUAAGGCCGUGACAACAAAAAGACCACAGUCACACAGUGGUGGAAUAAAUUCAACUACACACACGUCUGUUUCAUCACAAAACCGGAGAGCAACAUCGGUUCGGUGUGAAGUCCACAAAGCAAAUGUUGCAUGUAACAAACAGUUAUAUGACCUGCAGCAUGGUCACGCAAGAUAAUGUUUUCAACAGUUUACUAAACAGCUACUGAUUUAGAACCACAGAGUUACCGCAAGUCAGCACAAAGACAACAGGAGCACUGCCUCUGCUAUUCCAGAACCAUUUCAACAUAAACAUUUAAACAUCAUCAAAUCAACAAGGCUAUAUAUGCUUAGUUUAAUACACUGAAAACAAACUUAAAAAGAUACCAAAAACAAUUUAUUCCAAUCAACGUUGCUAAAUAUCAUGUGACUGUCCAUUGUACUGAUUUCUGUGUGAGUGCGUGCACAAAAAAAAACAAAAAAAACGGUGAUAAGUUGCGUCAAUUCAAAUCUGGUAUUGGGAACAAAAGAGGUCAAUACACGUCUUCUAAAAUAGACUAGUAUUUUAAUUAAUGCAAAACACUUCAAUGGUAAAUAUGAUGUUCGUAUAUACGGGUCCACUGAAAAACCACGCAGGGCAGUCAGAGAACUGGUCCAUUGUUAUAAGUUCUUCUUUAAUUACUCUGACAGAGAUAGUUCCCGCUCCCUGCUGGCCUAUCAGAGUAGAGACUGAGCGUGGUUUAGACUUACUCAGCCUAUCGUUGGCGCACAGGCUGGUCCCAGCCCCUUGUCGCUUCACUGUUGCCAGGUGUUUAGUUGUUUUGCAACUUGUCCAGAGAGUCAGCAACCUCAGACAUCUUUGUAGCAGAACACAUGUCCUUGAGCGUUCUAACAAAGAGGCAGUGUGAGUCACAAGCCUUAUCUCACCCUACUCCCUAACAGCUCCUCACAUUAAUCACAGCUUGUUAGGUUAAACAAUUUAUAUCAGUACAGUACAAACCUUUUAUGUUUAAUCAUUAGUGCUUUCUUAUUAAGCUAACAGCACAUCUAAAAUAUAAGAGAAUAAUUUCCCACAACGGGCUCACCCUACUUGUAGACUAGUUGAACACCAAUGCCAUCCUCCUCUCUUUCAUGUUGGCAAAACAGUCAUACAGUACACUUUUAGUUUUAGUUGUCAUAGGCUACCUAGCUAAAAUGCUUGCUAGCCUAACUUCCUCGCAUGGGCAACAAUUAACCAGCUAAGCUAGCUAGCUAGUUAACAUGGGCAACAAUUAACCAGCUAAGCUAGCUAGCUAGUUAACAUGGGCAACAAUUAACCAGCUAAGCUAGCUAGCUAGCUAAUGUGAGCCUCCUACAUCUAGGCUACAUAUUGAACUUCAAUCGUCUCAGGCCAGUGGCACAAUAUAAGAAUGUAUGGUUAGAUCAGAAUCCUCUUCAUAAUCAUUGGCCUGUACAGAGAAUUAAGUCAACACCGCAAGUCCAAAUCCCCAUCUCCAUCCAUUGCUUAGGAAAAGGUUGAUUUAGCAACCUAGCUACUGCAGGGCAUCAACACAAGCAGACCAGAAACAGACACGUUUUUCUGAGAACGAUGACAUUUUGCUUAGGUUGUGAUUCGAUUGGUUUGAAGCCAAAUCCAAACUGGCCUCUUGGGGAGCGUUUUGCUGCUCCAGGACAACCCACAUUGAGCUCAGCUCAAUGAUGAUUGUCUAAUUAUUUUAUAAAACUAUUUAUCAAGGGAGGCCAAAUACUUGCUGGAAUUAAUGAGGAGGCAUCUCGAAUUAACUCUGAUCGUUUUUGUUUUGUUUUGUUUUUGUACAUAGCAAACGGUCAUUAUUUUUCUCAUGUAGAGGUACCGGAUCCGGCGAAAUAGGUUUCGGAACGAAACAUUCCAAAACGGAGAGGUGCCGGAUCAAGUUCCGGCAGGAUCCGGCUCAAAUUAAGCACCUUUUGAGUGUUCCUGAGUGGUCUAGUCUCAGUCCUGACUUAAAUUUGCUUGAAAAUUACAGACCAGGUUUGAAUAUUUCUGUCCAUCAAUAAUUCCCAACCAAAUUUAUUGAGCUUGAGCAAUUUUGACGAAAACAAUGGACACUACUCUUACGUUAGAGUAUUUUCUUACAUAUCUUUUUUACUAUUUAGAAAUGAAAGCACUUUAAGUCCCCCCAUUUGAAGGUGUCAUUACUAUUUUGACAAAUUCACUUAUCGUUUAGUAGUCAAAAGUUUUGUAUUUAGUCCCAUAUUCCUAGCACGCAAUGACUAACUACACAUCAAGUUUGUGAUUCUACAAACUUGUUUAAUGCAUUUUCAGUUUGUUUUGGUUGUGUUUCAGAUUAUGUUGUGCCCAAUAGAAAUGAAUGGUAAAUAAUGUAGUGUGUCAUUUUGGAGUCACUUUCAUUGUAAAUAAGAACAGAAUAUGUUUCUGAACACUUUCACAUUAAUGUAGAUGCUACAAUGAUUACAGAUAAUUAUGAAUUAAUCAUGAAUAAUGAUGAGAGAAAGUUACAGAGGCACAAAGAUCAUACCCCGAAAACAUGCUAACCUCUCACCAUUUCCAAUAACAGGGGAGGUUAGCAUUUUUUGGGAGCUAUGAUAUUUAUGCCUCUAACUCUGUAAAUCCAAUUUAAUCCCUUUUUAAAUGUGAAGACUGUGCAACGGGUGUGUAGACUUUCACUAGGCACUGUAGUUCAUUCAUUCUGCAGGUUGAUUCUGUUGCUCCAGGAGAAGAAGAACUAUCCCCCUAGUCUUGUAGUGGUCCUCUGUAGCUUAUAUGGUUACCAUGGCGCUGGCAACGCCUGGACAGUGGGUUCGAUACCAGGGACCACCCAUGUGUAAAAAAAAAAAAAUAUACAUGCAUACUUUUUGUUACUUUGGAUAAAAGCGUCUGCUAAAUUGCAUAUUUCUAUAAAUGUAUUAAUGAUUGAUUGGCGGCCGUUUGCGUUGCAGGUCCUGUGAUCAGGGCUGAGGAGGAGGACACCAUCAAAGUGGUGUUUAAGAACAAGGCCAACCGUCCAUUCUCCAUGCAGCCCCAUGGGGUGCAGUACAGCAUCGAGCAGUCGGGGACACUCUACUACAACGAACUGGAAGGUUAGAAGUAGUAACAUAUUUAUUACAUGUUAAGUCAACACGUUAACAUUCUUUUUGUAUUAAAACGUUUCCCUUUCAGUGAUAAUGUCUCCCAGUAUCAUACCAUCAAUGAACUCUCCUAACACUUUCACAGAAUCCUACACUGCUAAAAAACUCAGAGAAAUCAAGAAAGAGACAAGUAAGUACGCUCAUUUAUGCCUAUUUCUUAUAUACCCACAGUAUCCAGCAAGGUUGGCGUCAAUUCAAUUUCAAUGCCAGUCAAUUGGAAUUCCAAUUUUAUUUAAUCCUUUUCAAUGGGCCCGAUUCAAUCCGUAGCACUAAAGGUCUGCGCUACAGCGUGAUAGAAAUGUAAAGGCUAUGUUCCUGCGUUAGCGGAGACUGCGUUCAUGGUAAACGCUGCAUAAGUCAGCUCAAUCUAAAAUUACCUUUACAUUUAAAAUCAUGCUACAGCACAGAUCUUCAGCGCUACAGAUUGAAUCGAGCCCUUACUUUCUGAGUUGACUGGAAUCUAAAUGGAAUUGACCCCAAUCCUGGUACCCAGUUCCUGCAGGUGUUUAGCCACACUGAGGUGGUGGUGGGGGCCCGGCCGGCCGGCCAGGGAUGUUUUAUGUUUGAUCUACAGGAUCUUUCUCUUACCAAACUAGCAACGCUGUGGGGGUUUUUCACGCUCAACAGUUUCCCAUGUGUAUCAAGAAUGGUCCACCACUCAAAGUACAUCCAGCCAACUUGACACAACUGUUGGAGUCAACAUGGGCCAGCAUCCCUGUGGAACGCUUUCAACACCGUGUAGAUUCCAUGCCCUGACGAAUUGAGGCUGUUCUGAUGGCAAAAGAGGGUGCAACUCAAUAUUAGGAAUAUGCGUGUUUUGUACACUUAGUGUAUAUGCAUGAUAGAUUUGGUUGUCUUUCUGAUACAAUGUAAUACUUUCCCUAAAUACCUUGAAGGCUUGAAAAUUAUGAAAUGUAUGCAUUGAAUGAAAUUGUAAUAAAUAAAUAAUAAAUAAAUUCCUAUUAAAUAGCAAGGGCGCAUCGGCCCAAUGUGGGCAGCCUACAUGGGGCCAAUAUUUUAGCCCGCGUUGGGCCAAUGUGGGCAUGUUUGCUGGGAUAGUUCUAAUCCUGGUCCUUUUGUUUUUGCUGUAACACGGAGACCGUUUAUUCAACUGAUUUAUUAAACUAAUCAACUCAUCACCAAGCCAUUGAAUCUUUAUCACAUUUACCUACACCCCUAUCCUCCAGGAACUGUAACCCCUCCCCCGGCAGCGCUGGUCAAACCAGGCGCCACCCACACCUAUGAGUGGGUGGUCCCUAAGGGGGGCGGACCGGUAAAGGACGAUGCAGACUGCAUUACAUAUCUCUACUACUCAGCCGUGGACCCUGUCAAAGACACCAGCUCCGGCCUCGUCGGACCCCUCCUGGUCUGCAAAAAGAAGACCCUCAAAAAAGGGAAACAGGUAAAGAAAUGGAAUUGAAUACCUUUACAUUUACAUUUUAGUCAUUUAGCAGACGCUCUUAUCCAGAGCGACUUACAUGAGCAAUUAGGGUUAAGUGCCUUGCUUAAGUGCACAGACAGAUUUUUCACCUAGUCGGCUCGGGGAUUAGAACCAGCGACCUUUCGGUUACUGGCACAACGCUCUUACCCACUAAGCUACCUGCCGCCCUUUAUUGUCAGUGUGUCAGAAAUAUUGAAUCUGGAAUGUUUUCAUCAUCUUACUUGGCAUUACAAAAGGUCAAAUACAGACAGAGCACUCACAUCACAUCUUAUGGAAUGAAUUAGUCUCACGUUUAUUUCCCAUUUCAGAAAAACGUGAACAAGGAGUUCCACAUGCUGGCUACCGUGUUUGAUGAGAACCUGAGCUGGUACCUGGAUGACAACAUCAACCAGUUCACCAAGGCUCCUAAAACUGUCAACAAGGAGGAUGAGGACUUCCAGGAAUCGAACAAAAUGCACUGUGAGUCUUUUAGGCUGUGUUUACACAGGCAGCCCAGUUCUGGUCUUUUAUCCAACUAUUGGCAAAAGAGCUGAUUUGAUUGGUCAAAAAGACCAAAUUAGUGGAAAAAUAUCAGAAUUGGGCUGCCUGUGUCAACACAGCCUUAGAACACUGAUCCAUGAUGGAAACAUUUUAAACUGUGAUGCUAAUUCAGCUACAAAACAUGUCUCCUUUGGCAAAAUUGCAAUUAAAAUAAUUCCUUCUGUUACUUUCAAAAAGCCUAUAUUGUAAUGGGAUUUCCCUACGGACACAAAACACCAACACACAGAGCAGUUACCAACAACCUAACACAUUUCAGCCUCUUACUGGUCUUCUGUAGGGCACUAACUUUUCAAUUCCCUUUUCCUGUUCCCAUAGCGAUCAAUGGCUACAUGUAUGGGAACCUCCCAGGGCUGACCAUGUGUAAGGGGGACAAGGUGUCAUGGCACCUGUCUGGCCUGGGCUCUGAGGCUGAUAUCCACGGCCUCUACUUUGAAGGGAACAGGUUCAUCUACAGAGAGACACGCAGAGACGUCAUGAACGUGUUCCCUCACAUCUCCCACACUGUCAUGAUGGAGCCAGACAGCAUGGGUAAGACACAUUAUGGAUGGAGGGAUAGAUGGGUGGGUGGAUGGAUGAAUGGAGAGAUGGAGAGAUGGAUGAAUGGAGGCAGAGAGGGAGGGGCAGACGGAAGGAAAGAAUUUAACAUAAAUCGUAAAAUGUUUACUUCUGUUCUAAUAUGAAAAUCAAUUAAAACUAAUUACAAUAACAGACAAUGCAUUUGUUCCCCUCCUCCAGGUCAGUUUGAGGUGGUGUGCAUGACAACGGAUCACUACCAGGGAGGUAUGAGGGCCAACUACACAGUGCAGAAGUGUAGUAUGUUCAACAGGCAGUCAGAGAUCAUGCUCCACUCGAAGACCUACUACAUUGCUGCCAUGGAGAUAGAUUGGGACUACUCCCCCAACCGGACCUGGGAGCAGGAGAUGUACCACGGCCUCACACAUAGGUAUUCUAACCCUAGCUUCAUGUCCACACCCCCAGCUCAACCCUAACCCCAGCCAUAACCCUAACCCCAGCCACAACCCUAACCCCAGCUCAACCCUAACCCCAGCUCAACCCUAACCCCAGCCAUAACCCAAGAAACAUUCCUAUUCCGUGCUUGAGACAUGGAUCUACAAUACAUCAUGAUCAGUUUCGUUUUUUUGAGUAUGUUUUCUUUGUCUCCAGUCCAGGAAAUGAUUUCAUUGAUAAACAGGAUAAGUUCAUCGGCUCCAAGUACAAGAAAGUUGUGUACAGGGAGUUCACCAACAAUAAAUUCACCAAACAGAAGGAGAGAUCAGCAGACAUGCAACACCUGGGGAUCCUGGGUAAGUUGUAGUAUAAAGGGUUUGGUUCUGGGUAUGUUGUUGUAGAAAGGGUUUGGUUCUGGGUAUGUUGUAGUAGAAAGGGUUUGGUUCUGGGUAUGUUGUAGUAGAAAGGGUUUGGUUCUGGGUAUGUUGUAGUAGAAAGGGUUUGGUUCUGGGUAUGUUGUAGUAGAAAGGGUUUGGUUCUGGGUAUGUUGUAGUAUAAAAGGUUUGGUUCUGGGUAAGUUGUAGUGACAUAUGGAAUUUGAAUGUCCUUUUGUUUUUGGGCUAAUGUCCAUCCUUGAAUAGUUUUAUGAGACGUCUGUUAAAAUCAAUGGUCUUUCAUUGUUUUAAUUGCCAUACUUUACAUCCCCGGGACCAAGCACUGACUUUACAUUAUUUACAUUUAGAAUCGUAUUAAACUGACCUGUUAUGAAUCCUGAUCGAUGACCCCUCUGGUUUCUUUCCCCAGGCCCUAUGAUCCAUGCAGACGUUGGUGACAAAGUGAACAUAGUCUUCAAGAACAUGGCCACAAGAACUUACUCUAUUCACGCCCACGGGGUGAAGACGGACGUUCCACAGGUCAAAGAAACUAAGCCAGGUAAAAUAAACAACACCCAUAAGACAUUGGAUUUGACCAGCUAGUGUUAUAGACAUUGGAUUUGACCGGCUAGUGCUAUAGACAUUGGAUUUGACCGGCUAGUGUUAUAGACAUUGGAUUUGACCGGCUAGUGUUAUAGACAUUGGAUUUGACCGGCUAGUGUUAUAGACAUUGGAUUUGACCGGCUAGUGUUAUAGACAUUGGAUUUGACCGGCUAGUGUUAUAGACAUUGGAUUUGACCGGCUAGUGUUAUAGACAUUGGAUUUGACCGGCUAGUGUUUUAGACAUUGGAUUUGACCGGCUAGUGUUAUAGACAUUGGAUUUGACCGGCUAGUGUUAUAGACAUUGGAUUUGACCGGCUAGUGUUAUAGACAUUGGAUUUGACCGGCUAGUGUUAUAGACAUUGGAUUUGACCGGCUAGUGUUAUAGACAUUGGAUUUGACCGGCUAGUGUUAUAGACAUUGGAUUUGACCGGCUAGUGUUAGACAUUGGAUUUGACCGGCUAGUGUUAUAGACAUUGGAUUUGACCGGCUAGUGUUAUAGACAUUGGAUUUGACCGGCUAGUGUUAUAGACAUUGGAUUUGACCGGCUAGUGUUAUAGACAUUGGUUUUGACCAGCUAGUGUUAUAGACAUUGGAUUUGACCGGCUAGUGUUAUAGACAUUGGUUUUGACCAGCUAGUGUUAUAGACAUUGGUUUUGACCAGCUAGUGUUAUAGACAUUGGAUUUGACCAGCUAGUGUUAUAGACAUUGGAUUUGACCGGCUAGUGUUAUAGACAUUGGAUUUGACCAGCUAGUGAUAUGUAGUAGUUUCAAAAGCAUUGAUAUUUUAUUACUAUGGACUACUCUUAUAUAGAUUUCAGGACCCUGUUCUAUAGAAUAACAACUUUGUAGUGAGUGAGAGUUAGAGUUUCCUAAAGCAGAGUUGUCCCAUACAGGUGAAACACAGACAUACACAUGGUACGUCCCCAAGACAGCUGGGCCUACAGACAAACAGGAGUCAUGCAGUGUGGGAGCAUAUUACUCCACAGUCAACGUCAACAAGGUAAUGAGAUACCACAAACUGAUCAGGGCCUCGUUUCCCAGAGCCUUUCGUAGCGUUGAGAUCAUCGUUAGAACCUUCUAACAAUGUAUCUUUAGUAGUUUUUUUUGGUUCGCCAGGACCAUUUACAGUUGAGCUCGCUCAGUUUAGCGCAAUGCUGAUUGGCUAUUAUUUUAUACUUUUUAUUUUUUUAUCAAGGGAGGCCAAAUGCUCGCUGGCUUGCCUUACAUUCAGUGCUACAGGCGGCAACAAUGUCAUACUCUUUUUGACCAGACAGCAUCAGAUAGAUAGGCAACACAUACAGAGACAGAGGGGUCACUCUGAUGAGAAACAUUCAACUUCUUUGAAAUUGAAGGAAAAUUAUGAAACACAAAAAUGAAAAGAUAAAUUAUUGUAUAUGUUUUUUAUUGGUUCCCUUGGCAUCCACGAAUACAUGCUACUGCUUAUUAUACCUCAGUGAUUCAGCAAUAUGGCCCGCUUCAAAUUCAAAUACUUAAUGCACCAUCGGGAGUUUUCCAUACGAAUACCACAGUUAGAACAAUAAGCCAGAUGUUUCACCAGAUGGAUAAAUCUAAAUCUUCCAUUUGGUUCCACUCACCACCAAAUGUGGUGAUGAGAGGAAGGCCAGUGGCUGGUAGUGGGAGAAGAUGGAGUGAGAUGGAUUUUGGCCGACAAAUGCAAAUGUUCUCAUCGCGAUUAAACGUUUGACCGUCAAUACAGCUUUCUGUUCCCAAAACUACAAUCUGUUUUAUUUUUAUUGAAAGAGUGCCAAGGCGAAUUGAGUUAUUGCACAAGCGCACCUCAGAAAUACGCAAAUACUUGCUCUAACGCACCAAUAGGGUCUCACUAGCUCGUGCUUGGCUCUGUCCACCUCCUUGCUUGUUCUGUCCAUGUUUCAUUUGCUCCCAUUGGAAACGACAGGCUAUUUUGGUUUAUCUAUGAAAAUCUUUGGGAAUACGUGGAUGAAGUCAGCGCUAUCACUAUCUACUGAUUUUAAUGUCUAUGAAGCAAUAUGGCGAUCUUCAAAUUCAAAAUUGAUGUACCUAACCCUCAAAAGCCUAUUUGCAGCAAUGAUGUACCUAACCCUCAAAAGCCUAUUUGCAGCCAUAGGCGGUAAUAUCUCUCUAGGUGCUAAUCCGUAGUCAAUUAUUGAGGAAUAAUUACAAUGUUAAAGUAAGAUUUGAAUGGAGGAUGCUGAUCCGAGCGCAGCUUUGUUUUUCCUUCGACCAUAUCAGUAUCGAGACACGGUCUAAUGAUGCACUUAACGAACGUUCUCCGCUACGUGCUUGUUUGGGAAACACUUAAAAAGUUGGCUCGUAAAUAACGGUGCAUCUGAUAAUCGUAAUGCUUAAGUUACAUCAUACCCCUGCACAUCGACUCGGGGUACCCCGUGUAUAUAGCCAAGUUACCGUUAGUCAUAGCGAUUAUUUAUGCCUUUUUUCUUUUCUUCUUCUAUUCUAUUUUUCUCUCUGCAUUGUUGGGAAGGGCCCGUAUGGAAACAUGGCACUGUUAGUCUACAUCUGUUGUUUACGAAGCAUGUGACAAAUACAUUUGAUUUGACAUCGCAACUAGAAAACGAGGCCCAGUUCUACUGGUCUCUACCAAUGACUUAUAUAAACAUGUUAUAUUAAUACAUACACCGAGUAUACCAAAUACACACACAGAGUAUACCAAACAUUAUGACAUUGCAACUAGAAAACGGGAAUACCAAUUACUUAUAUAAACAUGUUAUGUUAUAUAAAUACAUGCACUGAGUAUACCAAACAUUAAAAAAAAAAACACCCACCACCACCACCACAUAUACACUACAUGACCAAAAGUAUGUGGACACCUGCUUGUCCAACAUCUCAUUCCAAAAUCAUGGGAAUUAAUAUGGCAUUGGUCCCCCCUUUGCUGCUAAACAGCCUCCACUCUUCUGGGAAGGCUUUCCACUAGAUGUUGGAACAUUACUGCAGGGACUUGCUUACAUUCAGCCACAAGAGCAUUAGUGAGGUCGGGCACUGAUGUUGGGCGAUUAGGCCUGGCUCACAGUUGGCGUUCCAAUUCAUCCCAAAGGUGUUUGAUGGGGUUGAGGUCAGGGCUUUGUGCAAGCCAAUCAAGUUCUUCCACACUGAUCUCAACAAACCAUUUCUGUAUGGACCUCGCUUUGUGCACGGGGGCAUUGACACGCUGAAAUAGGAAAGGGCCUUCCCCAAGCUGUUGCCAUAAAGUUGGAAGCACAGAAUCGUCUACAAUGUCAUUGUACGCUGUAGCGUUAAGAUUUCCCUUCGCUGGAACUAAGGGGCCUAACCCGAACCAUGAAAAACAGCCCCAGACCAUUAUUCCUCCUCCACCAAACUUUACAGUUGGCACUAUGCAUUGGUGCAGAUAGCGUUCUCCUGGCAUCCGCCAAACCCAGAUUCGUCCCUCAGACUACCAGAUGGUGAAGGGUGAUUCAUCACUACGCAUUUCCACUGCUCCCGAGUCCAAUGGCGGCGAGCUUAACACCACUCCAGCCAACGCUUGGCAUUGCGCAUGGUGAUCUUAUGGCUUGGUGUGCAGCUGCUCGGCCAUGGAAACCCAUUUCAUGAAGCUCCUGACAAACAGUUAUUGUGCUGAUGUUGCUUCCAGAGGCAGUUUGGAACCCGGUAGUGAGUGUUGCAACAGAGGACAGACGAUUUUUCACACGCUUCAGCACUCGGCGGUCCCGUUCUGUGAGCUUGUGUGGCCUACCACUUCACGGCUGAGCCGUUGUUGCUCCUAGACGUUUCCACUUCAUAAUAACAGCACUUACAGUUGACCGGGGCAUCUCUAGCAGGGCAGAUAUUUCACGAACUGACUUGUUGGAAAGGUGCCACCCUAUGACAGUGCCACGUUGAAAGUCACUGAGCUCUUUAGUUAGGCCAUUCUACUGCCAAUGUUUGUCUAUGGAGAUUGUGUGGCUGUGUGCUCGAUUUUAUACACCUGUCAGCAAUGGGUGUGCCUGAAAUAGCAGAAUCCACUAAUUUGAAGGGGUUGUCCACAUACUUUUGUAUAUAUAGUGUACAUAUAUAUAUAUAUACACAGUGAGGGAAAAAAGUAUUUGAUCCCCUGCUGAUUUUGUACGUUUGCCCACUGACAAAGACAUGAUCAGUCUAUAAUUUUAAUGGUAGGUUUAUUUUAACAGUGAGAGACAGAAUAACAACAAAAAAAUCCAGAAAAACAUAUGUCAAAAAUGUUAUAAAUUGAUUUGCAUUUUAAUGAGGGAAAUAAGUAUUUGACCCCUCUGCAAAACAUGACUUAGUACUUGGUGGCAAAACCCUUGUUGGCAAUCACAGAGGUCAGACGUUUCUUGUAGUUGGCCACCAGGUUUGCACACAUCUCAGGAGGGAUUUUGUUCCACUCCUCUUUGCAGAUCUUCUCCAAGUCAUUAAGGUUUCGAGGCUGACGUUUGGCAACUCGAACCUUCAGCUCCCUCCACAGAUUUUCUAUGGGAUUAAGGUCUGGAGACUGGCUAGGCCACUCCAGGACCUUAAUGUGCUUCUUCUUGAGCCACUCCUUUCUUGCCUUGGCAGUGUGUUUUGGGUCAUUGUCAUGCUGGAAUACCAAUCCACGACCCAUUUUCAAUGCCCUGGCUGAGGGAAGGAGGUUCUCACCCAAGAUUUGAUGGUACAUGGCCCCGUCCAUCGUCCCUUUGAUGCGGUGAAGUUGUCCUGUCCCCUUAGCAGAAAAACACCCCCAAAGCAUAAUGUUUCCACCUCCAUGUUUGACGGUGGGGAUGGGGUUCUUGGGGUCAUAGGCAGCAUUCCUCCUCCUCCAAACACGGCGAGUUGAGUUGAUGCCAAAUACCUUGAUUUUGGUCUCAUCUGACCACAACACUUUCACCCAGUUCUGCUCUGAAUCAUUCAGAUGUUCAUUGGCAAACUUCAGACGGGCCUGUAUAUGUGCUUUCUUGAGCAGGGGGACCUUGCGGGCGCUGCAGGAUUUCAGUCCUUCACGGCGUAGUGUGUUACCAAUUGUUUUCUUGGUGACUAUGGUCCCAGCUGCCUUGAGAUCAUUGACAAGAUCCUCCUGUGUAGCUCUGGGCUGAUUCCUCACCGUUCUCAUGAUCAUUGCAACUCCACGAGGUGAGAUCUUGCAUGGAGCCCCAGGCCGAGGGAGACUGACAUUUCUUUUGUGUUUCUUCCAUUUGCAAAUAAUCGCACCAACUGUUGUCACCUUCUCACCAAGCUGCUUGGCGAUGGUCUUGUAGCCCAUUCCAGCCUUGUGUAGGUCUACAAUCUUAUCCCUGACAUCCUUGGAGAGCUCUUUGGUCUUGGCCAUGGUAGAGAGUUUGGAAUCUGAUUGAUUGAUUGCUUCUGUGGACAGGUGUCUUUUAUACAGGUAACAAACUGUGAUUAGGAGCACUCCCUUUAAGAGUGUGCUCCUAAUCUCAGCUUGUUACCUAUAUAAAAAGACACCUGGGAGCCAGAAAUCUUUCUGAUUGAGAGGGGGUCAAAUACUUAUUUCCCUCAUUAAAAAAUGCAAAUCAAUGUAUAACAUUUUUGACAUGCGUUUUUCUGGAUUUUUUUGUUGUUAUUCUGUCUCUCACUGUUCAAAUAAACCUACCAUUAAAAUUAUAGACUGAUCAUUUCUUUGUCAGUGGACAAACGUACAAAAUCAGCAGGGGAUCAAAUACUUUUUUCGCUCACUGUACAUACAUACACUACCGGUCAAAAGUUUUAGAACACCUACUCAUUCAAGGGUUUUUCUUUAUUUUGACUAUUUUCUACAUUGUAGAAUAAUAGUGAAGAUAUCAAAACUAUGAAAUAACACAUAUGGAAUCAUGUAGUAACCAAAAAAGUGUUAAGCAAAUCAAAAUAUAUUUUAUAUUUAAAAUUCUUUAAAUAGCCACCCUUUGCCUUGAUGACAGCUUUGUGCACUCUUGGCAUUCUCUCAACCAGCUUCAUGAGCUAGUCACCUGGAAUGCAUUUCAAUUAACAGGUGUGCCUUCUUAAAAGUUAAUUUGUGGAAUUUCUUUCCUUCUUAAUGCGUUUGAGCCAAUCAGUUGUGUUUUGACAAGGUAGGGGGGUAUACAGAAGAUAGCCCUAUUUGGUUAAAGACCAAGUCCAUAUUAUGGCAAUAACAGCUCAAAUAAGCAAAGAGAAACAACAGUCCAUCAUUACUUUAAUGAAGGUCAGUCAAUACGGAAGCUUUCAAGAACUUUGAACGUUUCUUCAAGUGCCGUCGCAAAAAACAUCAAGCGCUAUGAUGAAACUGGCUCUCAUGAGGACCACCACAUGAAUGGAAGACCCAGAGUUACCUCUGCUGCAGAGGAUAAGUUCAUUAGAGUUACCAGCCUCAGAAAUUGCAGCCCAAAUAAAUGCUUCACAGAGUUCAAGUAACAGACACAUCUCAACAUCAACUGUUCAGAGGAAACUGUGUGAAUCAGGUCUUUAUGGUCGAAUUGCUGCAAAGAAACCACUACUAAAGGACACCAAUAAUAAGAAGAGACUUGCUUGGGCCAAGAAACACGAGCAAUGGACAUUAGACUGGAGGAUAAUUUGUCCUUUGGUCUGGAGUCCAAAUUGGAGAUUUUUGGUUCCAACCGCAGUGUCUUUGUGAGACGCGGUGUGGGUGAACGGAUGAUCUCCGCAUGUGUAUUUCCCACCGUAAAGCAUGGAGGAGGUGGUGUUAUGCUUUUCUGGUGACACUGUCUGUGAUUUAUUUAGAAUUCAAGGCACACUUAACCAGCAUGGCUACCACAUCAUUCUGCAGUGAUACGCCAUCCUAUCUGGUUUGGGCUUAGUGGGACUAUCAUUUGUUUUUCAACACGACAAUGACCCAACACACCGCCAGGCUGCGUAAGGGCUAUUUUACCAAGAAGGAGAGUGAUGGAGUGCUGCAUCAGAUGACCUGGCCUUCACAAUCACCCGACCUCAACCAAAUUGAGAUGGUUUGGGAUGAGUCGGACCGCAGAGUGAAGGAAAAGCAGCCAACAAGUGCUCAGCAUAUGUGGGAACUCCUUCAAGACGGUUGGGAAAGCAUUCCAGGUGAAGCUGGUUGAAAGAAUGCCAAGAGUGUGCAAAGCUGUCAUCAAGGCAAAGGGUGGCUAUUUGAAGAAUCUCAAAUAUAAAAUAUAUUUUGAUUUGUUUAACACUUUUUUUGGUUACUACAUGAUUCCAUAUGUGUUAUUUCAUAGUUUUGAUGUCUUCAAUAUUAUUCUACAAUGUAAAAAAUAGUCAAAAUAAAGAAAAACCCUUGAAUGAGUAGGUGUUCUAAAACAUUUGACCGGUAGUGUACAUACACACAUGUUAAAACACAUAUUUACAUACAUCAUUGGUCUCUACCCCCCCAGGACCUGUACAGUGGUCUAAUUGGUCCCCUAGUGAUAUGUGCGCGGAGCUAUGCGAGGACGUUUGGACUGAAGAAGGAAGUGGAGGAGUUUGCGCUCCUCUUCAUGGUGUUCGAUGAGAACGAGUCCUGGUACCUGGACGACAACAUCAAAACAAACAUCAAGACCCCCUCCAGGAACAUCAAAGAGGACGAGGAUUUCAUCGAGAGCAAUAAAAUGCAUGGUGAGGCUGUGGGGGAAAGAGGGGUGUGGGUUAUUUUACCACUCUUAAUAGGAAAGCAUUUGCUUAAUGAUUUCUGAAGCAUUUAUAUUAGGCCUUAUAAAGGAUUUAUGAAGCCUUUCGUAAUUAGGCCUUAAAAAGCGCUUGUUUGUUUGUUUGAAGUGGGACCAGGGCCUAGUCACAAAGCGUCUCAGAGUAGUAGUGCUGAUCUAGGACCAGUUUAGGCUUUUAGAUCAUAGUGAGUAAGAUUAUAUAAACGGGGGGGGGGGGGGGAUCUGAUCCUAAAUCAGUACACCUACUAUGAGACUCUUGAUAAAUACUGCCCCGGAUAAAUUGACGCGUCACUGACACUUGUGUGUGUCUCUGCUGCAGGCAUCAACGGGCAGCUGUAUGGAAACCUGCUGGGACUGAAUAUGGAAGUGGGGGACAAGGUGUACUGGUACCUGAUGGGGAUGGGUAAUGAGAUAGACCUCCACACUGCCCACUUCCACGGGCACAGCAUCGACUAUAAGGUAAGGUCCCAUGUGACCAUAUUUAAAAAGUCAAAAACCCGUUAGGUGUACAUUUCCUGAAAACGUUCAAAGCAGCAUAACUUUACCUCUAAUUUAAGUGUAUGAAGCUCUGGAUCAUCAGAAUUUUUAUGAAAACAGAACAUUGAAUUUUGUAUGCAUACGCUUUAUCUAAGGAACGCACAGGGCGUGUAGACUUUUGGGGCUCAAUUCAAAUCUGCGCUACAGCACGAUAGAAAUUUAAAAAGGCAAUGUUCACGCAUUAGCGGAGACUGCAUUCACGGUAAACGCUGCAUAGGACGGCUCAAUCGGAAAUUACCUUUAAAUUCCAAUCACGCUAUAACGCUGAACUUCCACCCUACGGAUUGAAUCAAGCCCUUGUUCUUCUAGCCCAGGAAUAAUACAUCUGAAUCAACUCAUGGUACAUACAUUCUCUGGUCCUGUGUUCCCCAGCUGAGUGGAGAGUCCCACCGUACAGACGUGAUUGGCCUGUUCCCAGGCACCUUCCAGACGGUGAAGAUGAAGCCUAAGUACCCUGGCUCUUGGCUGCUGCACUGCCACGUCGCAGACCACAUCAAGGCCGGCAUGGUGACUGUCUACACAGUCACUGAGAAAGGUGAGGAGUGUGUGUGGGUUGUGUUCACUGUGUGUGAAAAGUGUGUGUGUGUGUGUGUGUGUGUUUACUCUAUAAUUUUGCUGUUACAUUAUACAACUAACCUCUGUGUGUUUUUGUGUCUUCAGAAAAGAAGGGCUUUUUUGGAUGAACACGGAGCAUAAAACUUCAUUAAAAACACAGAAAACAGCAAAGAAAAGCUACGUACAUCUUCAGUAAUUACACAUUGACCUCGUAUUCCACACAAGGAGCACAGUGACCACUGACCACAAACUGAAUGCAUGAAUUAACUAAAAUGGCUUUAAUACAGGGUUUAAGCAAUGAGCAAUGUCUAAUGUCAAUGCUCUAAAAUCAAUUUUGAAUUAAAACAAAUAUAAAAUCCUCCCUGAUGUUGUUUCUAAUGUUGUCCAACAUUGGCACAAACCGACAGUGUCUAGGAUUUACAGAGAACGGCGCAACAAACAAAAAACAUCCAGUCAGCAGCAGUCCUGUGGGUGAAAACAUCUCGUUGAUGUGAGAGGUCGAAGGAGAAUGGCAAGAAUGGUGCAAGCUAACAGGCGGCCCACAGACAAAUAACGGUGCAGUAAAACAGUGGUGUGCAGAACGGCAUCUCGGAACGCACAACUCGUCGGUCCUUGUCACGGAUGGGCUAUUGCAGCAGACGACCACACUGGGUUCCACUCCUAUCAGCUAAAGACAAGAAGCAGCAGCUCCAGUGGACACGCGAUCACCAACACUGGACAAUUGAGGAGUGGAAAAACAUUGCCUGGUCCGACGAAUCCCGGUUCCUGUUGCGUCAUGCUGAUGGCAGUCAGGAUUUGGCGUAAGCAGCAUGAGUCCAUGGACCAAUCUUGCCUGGUGUCAACGGUACAGGCUGGUGGCGGAGGUAUACCGCCGUCCAAUCUGCAGCAACUGUGUGAUGCCAUCUCGUCAGCAUGGACCAACAUCCCCGUGGAACCUUUCCGACAUGUCGAAUCCAUGCCCCGAAGAAUUCAGACUGUUCUGGAAGCAAAGGGGGGUCCGACACGGUAUUAGAUAGGUGUACCUAAUAAACUGGCCAGCGAGUGUAUACUCCAAUAUAUUGCUAAUGUGUUUGUGAAAGGAGCAGAACCAACAUGAAAUGUUUUUAGAGAGCAUUUAUUAAGGCAGCGAAAAAAAAAAAUAAAACGAUCAAAGCAAAACAUUUCAACACUGGGAAUAGAAUAAACACCGGGUUUCACAGUAGUGAGGUCACAGCUUUCAGAGAAGCUUCCUUCCUUCCACGUUAUUCAACCACCUUUUCCUAUCGCUUCACCCAAUGAACACCAGAAAAGCCAGACCAGUCCAGUGUAUAAGUCAACAUCCAGUUCCUAAUACUCAGUAAUAAAGAAAAGGUCUCACAGUGAUUCAGGGGUGUCCACAAGUCCCCACAGAAGAGGACUUGUACCCUCAGGGUAUGACUAGCAACAUGACGUCAAUACUUCCUAACAGAAAUAGAAAAAGUGAGGUCAGAAAAAUCAGGAUUUCCUUAUUAAAUCAGAAAAUAAUCAUAUCUCUGCACAGCAAAAUUCUCUGUUCACAUUCAUUUGACUAAUAGGACUACAGACGGUGGUUUUGUAUGGGUACCGUUUUCAUAAGGCUCUACAGUAGUAGUGCUUUGAGAAGCUCACUACAAUCUGUAAGUGGUUGAUUGUCCAGCACGGUCCAUGUUUAGGAUCCUCCAUAGAAAUAGAAUCAGUAGAAGGGACACUUCCAUUCAAACCAGUGGUCCGUUGCAGGUGCAUCAGUUGCUGUACUGGGCGUACCAUUUGGAAUGUGUGCUGAAAAUGGACACUAACUAACCGGUUCUACGUAGGCAAACAUGUCAAAUUCUACUAAUCUGCCCUAUUGGAUGGAGCAGGAAAUAAAACAGUGUCUUUCAGAGCUACUGUAUGUCUGUUCUACUAAUUGUAAUUCUACGGCCCGUUUCUCUGGCUGCACUCCAGCAGGUGAGGCAGGAAGAAGUGGGCCGUCCCGUCGUCAGGCAAUAGGUCCAGGAACUCCAGGGGGUUCAGCUCCAUGGCAACCACCACCAGCGUUUCUGUUGUCAGGGAAAAUGCAGAUGUUAUGGCCGAAACUCUCUGAAUAUUGAAGGGGCAAUCUGCAAUUGAUACUAUACAUACAUUUUUAUACUUUUAAAUGAAUUAUAUUAAUCCAAUGAUUCUUGAAGAAUCUAUACUGAACAAAAAUAAACCCAACAUGCAACAAUUUCAACGAUUUUACGGAGUUACAGUUCAUAUAAGGAAAUCAGUCAAUUGAAAUAAAUUCAUUAGGCCCUAAUCUAUGGAUUUCACAUGACUGGGCAGGGGCGGAGCCAUGGCUGAGCCUGGGAGGGCAUAUGCCUGGGAGCCAGGCCCAGUCAAUCAGAAUUAGUUUCUCCCCACAAAAGGGAUUUAUUACAGACAGAAAUACUCCUCAGUUUCAUCAGCUGUCUGGGGUGGCUGGUCUUUAACGAUCCUAUAGGUGAAGAAGCCAGAUGUGGAGGUCCUGGGCUGGGGUGGUUACGCGUGGUCUGCGGUUGUGAGGCCAGUUGGACGUACUGCCAAAUUCUCUAAAACGAUGUUGGAGGCGGCUUAUGGUAGAGAAAUUAACAUUACAUUCUCUGGCAAAAGCUCUGGUGGACAUUCCUGCAGUCAGCAAGCCAAUUGUGGUAUUGUGUUGUGUGAUAAAACUGCACAUUUUAGAGUGGCCUUUUAUUGUCCCCAGCACAAGGUGCACCUGUGUAAUGAUCAUGCUGUUUAAUCAGCUUCUUGAUAUGCCACACCUGUCAGGUAAUGGAUUAUCUUGGCAAAUGAGAAAUUCUCACUAACAGGGAUGUAAACAAAUUUGUGCACAACAUUUGAGAGAAAUAAGCUUUUUUGUGCUUAUGGAACAUUUCUGGGAUCUUUUAUUUCAGCUCAUGAAACCAACACUUUACAUGUUGUUUAUAUUUUGGUUCAGUGUAUUACAUCUAUAAACCACAUGAUCUUAGUUCAACUGUUGUAACCAAUCAGAACCCCAAAUAUAAGCUUGUUUUACUCCAAUGUUUGUAAACAAUGUCAUUGUUAACAAACUCUGUAUAGCCUCAAAACAUAUUUAAAACUAUAAAAUGUUGAUAUCAUGGAUGGUCAGUCCUUGCAUCCAUAACUCUAAUCAUUUGAGACUGGUUAUACUUAUCCAGCCCCAUCCCUAAGCAUGUUACCCAAAACAGUGGUGGGGUAUGCUUUGUUAUUGUUUGAACUGCAAAUUGCCCCUUUAACCACAGCAAAGGAGGUGACAUUCUGGAGUUAAACCUUAUGCUUGAAACACAGGCUAGAGUCUAACGGUGAAACUAUACUGACACCGUGACGAGAGCGUCCCGUCAACUCCCUCAUCACGAGAGCGUCCCGUCACCUCCCUCAUCACGAGAGCGCCCCGUCAUCUCCCUCAUCACGAGAGCGCCCCGUCAUCUCCCUCAUCACGAGAGCGCCCCGUCAUCUCCCUCAUCACGAGAGCGCCCCGUCAUCUCCCUCAUCACGAGAGCGCCCCGUCAUCUCCCUCAUCACGAGAGCGCCCCGUCAUCUCCCUCAUCACGAGAGCGUCCCGUCAUCUCCCUCAUCACGAGAGCGUCCCGUCAUCUCCCUCAUCACGAGAGCGUCCCGUCAUCUCCCUCAUCACGAGAGCGUCCCGUCAUCUCCCUCAUCACGAGAGCGUCCCGUCAUCUCCCUCAUCACGAGAGCGUCCCGUCAUCUCCCUCAUCACGAGAGCGUCCCGUCAUCUCCCUCAUCACGAGAGCGUCCCGUCAUCUCCCUCAUCACGAGAGCGCCCCGUCAUCUCCCUCAUCACGAGAGCGUCCCGUCAUCUCCCUCAUCACGAGAGCGUCCCGUCAUCACCCUCAUCACGAGAGCGUCCCGUCAUCUCCCUCAUCACGAGAACGUCCCGUCAUCUCCCUCAUCACGAGAGCGCCCGUCAUCUCCCUCAUCACGAGAGCGCCCCGUCAUCUCCCUCAUCACGAGAGCUCCCCGUCAACUCCCUCAUCACGAGAGCGUCCCGUCAUCUCCCUCAUCACGAGAGCGUCCCGUCAUCUCCCUCAUCACGAGAGCGUCCCGUCAUCUCCCUCAUCACGAGAGCGUCCCGUCAUCUCCCUCAUCACGAGAGCGUCCCGUCAUCUCCCUCAUCACGAGAGCGUCCCGUCAUCUCCCUCAUCACGAGAGCGUCCCGUCAUCUCCCUCAUCACGAGAGCGUCCAAAAUCUGCUUCUUGUGA